AUGGUGAAGAGUACCUAUGAAUGUAAUGAAGGAAAUCAGUGUGGACAAGCCUUCAGCCAAAUUCGUAAUCUUAAUGUGGUCAAGAGAACUACUGGAGUAAAACCUUACAAAUGCCAUGAGUAUGGGCGGGCCUUCAUGGAUCGUUCAUCCCUUAAGAGUCACAUUAAGUCUCACACUGGAAGCAAACCCUAUCAGUGUAAGGAAUGUGGAAAAGCCUUCCAUUUUCUUGCUUCUUUUAAGAAACAUGUGAAAACUGUCUUUGAAGAGAAGCCCUAUGAAUGUAAGGAAUGCACCAAAGCCUUUAAUUGUUCCUCAUCCUUUAGGACACAUGUGAAGAGUCAUACUGCAAAGAUAAAGUAUGAAUGUAAGGAAUGUGGGAAAGCCUUUAGUUGUUCCUCAUCCCUCACAGAACACAAAAGAAUUCAUAGUGGAGAUAAGCCUUAUGAAUGCAAGGAAUGUGGGAAAGCCUUUAGUUGUUCGUCUUCUCUCUCAAAACACAAAAGAAUUCAUAGUGGAGAUAAGCCAUAUGAAUGUAAGGAAUGUGGGAAAGCCUUUAGUUCUUCCUCCCACCUUAUAAUACAUAUAAGAAUUCAUACUGGAGAGAAACCUUACGAAUGUAAGGAGUGUGGGAAGGCCUUCAGUGAAUCCUCAAAACUCACUGUGCAUGUGAGAACACAUACUGGAGAGAAACCCUAUAAAUGUAAGGAAUGUGGAAAAGCCUACAAUUGUCCCUCCUCCUUGAGUAUUCAUAUGAGAAAACACACUGGAGAAAAACCGUAUGAAUGUCUGGAAUGUGGAAAAGCCUUUUAUCUUCCAACUUCCCUUAAUACACAUGUGAAAAAUCAAAGUAGAGAGAAACCCUAUGAAUGUAAGGAAUGUGGGAAAGCCUUUAGUUGUCCUUCAUCCUUUAGAGCACACGUGAGAGAUCACAGUGGAAAGGUACAGUAUGAGUGUAAGGAAUGUGGGAAAGUCUUUAGUCGUUCCUCAUCCCUCACUGAACACUUAAGAACCCACAGUGGAGAGAAGCCUUAUGAAUGCAAGGAAUGUGGAAAAGCCUUUAUCAGUUCCUCCCACCUUACAGUACAUGUAAGAACUCAUACCGGAGAAAAACCUUAUGAAUGUAAGAAAUGCGGGAAAGGCUUUAUUUAUCCCUCAGCCCUUAGGAUCCAUAUGAGAACACACACUGGGGAGAAACCCUAUGAAUGUAAGGAAUGUGGGAAAGCCUUCCGUCAUUCUUCAUACCUUACCGUACAUGCAAGAAUGCACACUGGAGAGAAACCAUUUGAGUGUUUUGAAUGUGGAAAAGCUUUCAGCUGUCCUUCAUCCUUUCGAAGACAUGUAAGAAGCCACACUGGAGAAAAACCAUAUGAAUGUAAGGAAUGUGGAAAAGCUUUUGUUUGUCCUGCGUACUUUCGAAGACAUGUGAAAACUCACACUAGAGAAAACAUAUGA